AGCAUUUGCUUCCAAACAAAUCAAAAGUUCAAUUCAAAUCAAAUUAAAGGAAAAAAGUGAAAAAGUUCAUCGAAAAAUGAAGUUCUUAAUUGUUAUCGCAUUAUUUGCCGUUGCUGCUUAUGCACAACAUGAAGAACCAGUUCAUCAUCAUCAUGAACCAGCAGCUGCUAGCUUGGAUCCAAUCCAUGUUGUAAGAGAUCCAGAAAGUACCGAACGUGCAAGACGUCAAGGUGGAUUCUAUGGAUUGUUUGGUCGACCAUCUGGUUUCGGAUUUACCGGAUAUCAACCAUCAAAUACUACAGACCUCAUGCUCACAAGAUUGUUUAUUGGGGAAAAUAAAUCACAUGCUGAUCAAGAUCAAGCAUACAUUGCUCUUAAAUGA